AAAACUUGUAUAUUAAUUUUUUAAAAUACAUGAACCUAAAAAUUAGUGUGGCCUUAACAAAAAUUCUACAUGUGUAUACACGUGGACACCAGCCACUGGAGGAAAUUUAAAAGCACCUUCUUCAUGAAACUUGCUUAUAAAUAUUUGCGAUUUCUUACACAAUGAGUCAAAACUGAAAACAAAGUGUUCUCUCUGUCAGUCAGAAACUUCCAAAAAAAUGGCUUCUCUGCUCAAAGAAAUGCCUACCAUGUCCACUCUGCUCACUGCCUACGCUUCCUUCUCAGCCAUAGCCAUGCUCAUGCGCACAAUCAUGCACGAAAUGAUCCCCAAACGCAUGAGAGACUUCAUCGCCGAGAAAUCAUCAGAUUUUUUCCACAACUAUUUCAACUCAGAUUUCACAUUCAUCAUAGAAGAUCGAUGGCAAGCUGUUCAGAACGAAACGUUCCGAGCCAUCGAAGUUUAUUUACCCACCCGAGUCGGCCACUCGACGAAGAGCCUUCUUCUCGGCAACAACGACAGUAACAACAUCACAGCUCCGCCUAAACCAGCCAUUCCGGUGGAUACAAAAGCUGUCGAUGUGUUUCAAGGCGUCCGGUUCGUAUGGACUCUACGUGAGAAAGAAUCGAAAAAAUAUUACAUUCGAAACCGACGAAAUUUUGAGCUGAAAUGCAGUCGAAAAGAUAGAGACAUGGCGCUCAAAACCUACUUGCCCUACAUUUGCAAUGAAGCGGAGUCUAUCUUAAGUAAGCGCGAGACUCUGAAUCUUUAUACUUAUGAUAACGACGGUUCUGUUUGGGAAUCAACUGUUUUCAAACAUCCUGCAACUUUUGAAACCCUAGCUAUGGAGUCUGAGCUUAAAGAUUCAAUAGUUGAGGAUCUUGAUUUGUUUCUGCAACGUAAAAAGUAUUUUCAGAGCGUUGGUAGAGCUUGGAAAAGAGGUUAUCUUCUUUAUGGACCGCCUGGAACUGGAAAAUCUACGCUUGUUGCUGCCAUUGCUAAUUAUCUUAAGUUCCAUAUCUAUGAUCUUCAGCUUCAAGGUGUGAAGAAUGAUAGUGAUCUUCGACGGAUACUUACUUCCACUACAAACCGUUCGAUUCUUUUGAUCGAGGAUAUUGAUUGCAGUACUAAAUCUUCGCGUUCGAGAACUCGCCUCCAGGGCGAUAAAGAUGAUGAGGACGAUUCUCCGAGUUCUGAUAACAAAGUUUCUUUCGAUCCCGGGGUAACAUUAUCAGGAUUGUUAAAUUUCAUUGAUGGGCUAUGGUCAAGCUGUGGAGAUGAGAGAAUUAUAAUCUUUACAACAAACUUCAAAGACAAGCUAGAUCCAGCAUUGCUCCGCCCCGGACGCAUGGACGUUCAUGUUUACAUGGGACAUUGUACUCCGUCGGGGUUCAAAAAGUUAGCAGCAGCUUAUCUCGGGAUUAAAGAUCAUAUUCUUAUUAAAUGCAUUGAAAAUCUCAUUCAAACAGUACCUAUCACUCCUGCUGAAGUAGCACAGCAGCUUAUGAAAGGAGAGGACCCUCAAGUUGCACUUCAAAGUCUAAUUGCAUUUAUUAAUAAUAAGGAGACUCAAGUGGAGAAAUUGCAAGAAAAAGGGGUUGAGGAAGAGGUUAUUAAACAAGAAAUUGUAAUGCUUGCUAAGGAGGAUGAUGUUGACAAGCGUAAUGACGACGACAAGAGAUGUGUGUAUCUUACUUGACAACUACUAGUAAUGUAAUUGUUUUAUUAAUUAUGUGAAAUAAAUGUUAAUUCGUCCCGUCUA